AAAAGGUGGCUUAUCACAUCGUUAUCCAAUCUCGUUCAACCUAAGUUGAUCCGAAGAGAUCCGAGUUGUUCCGACCUGAACCGAUCUUAAUUCGAUCAGCGAGAUCACUUAUUCCACACCAGAUACAUGCCGGGGCAAAGGACAUAACAAUAUAUCGUUAUACUGUACAUGUAGAGCCAUGUAAGAAACAACAUUGUUGAAAGUUCAUAUCACAUAACAUGCUCUGUAAACAGACAUUUCCUUGGGUGCCAGUUUUUGCAUAACGACAUUAUUUGCGAAGAACCACCGUCUUUGUUACCGGUUGAAUAAUCGAUAAUGCCAUUAACUACUGAAUAACUUACAGCCAGAUCUAAUAAACUUGACUCGACGCCAUGGAGGAUUUGACUGAAGUGCUUCGCGCCGGAGAAACGGUCGUCAAACGUCGAAGACAAAGCCGAAGGCGAAGGGAGAAUACAGCUACAAUUGAUUCUCGUAACUUUACGAAAGCAAAUUGGUUCUGUAGGAUGAUGUCUAUCCCAGCUAUCUCUGAAAGUCAAACUUCCGCCACUCUACGCGUCUUCACGAUGUGGUCUGCGGUCCUGGCCUACUUUAUCAGUGGUUUACUUGGCGUCUUCUUCCCUGAGCUGCUCUCUGCCUUGUUCUUCAUGAAAUUUACUGGCCAUGAUAAAGCGUACUGGAGGAUAAAUUGUGCUUUACUCACUGUUAUAGGUUUUCUCUACAUUGUUAUGGCGAAAUCUCGUCCUCUAAUAACUGGAAACGGUGCAAUUUUGGGAACCGUUCCCGAGAGGUUGCUUUUCGUUGUGGCAGUCUUGGUAUGGCUGUGUUACCAAUCCUUGCUCUCUUUACCCUUUGCAGCGGCAUUUUCGUUACUUGAUUCUGUGCUGGCAAUUGUAACAUACAUCAUUUGGUAUCGUAAUACUCCAGAAGCGUCUCUAAAAAAGUGUCUUGUGGAGAUAGGAAAGUUGAUGAUUCCCUUCCUUGGUCCCGCAAAAAAUUGGUCUUCGAACAUCGUGCAAAUAAUCAGCUAUUUAGAAAUGGUGAUAUCAGUUACCCUUAUAGUAAGGCCCGAUGUAGCGCGUGAUUUGAUGGGCCUGGACGCGUUUCAAGGCUUUUCAAAGGGCAUGGUAUCCCUGUUCUUCAUGCAGAUGGUGGUUAUUGGCUGGCUGCAAGUUUUGGGAGGAGGAGAUGGAAACGAGGCCUGUCCGAUAGCAGCGGUGUUUUAUCGCAUAGCAUGGAAAAUACCUGUAGUUUCACUCAUGUACUAUUUCAAUCAUCUUGAACGAGGUUUUGCUCUUGCCGUGGCAGUUGCAGAUUUAGCAAGCGCAUCGGUUAUUUUGAUUUCACUUUGCGUUGAGGUGUUACCUUCCAAAAAGGACAACUGAUGUGAAAUAACUCAAGAGUGAGCGAUGUUUGAGCCGGAAAUGAGUCCAAGUAACACGGCAAAACUGUGUGGAAGGACGAAGCUGAAAUAACACAUUAUAAGAGAAAAUUUUUUAAGGGUUACUUAGCCAUGAAGUUGUCCUCUCUACGAGAUAGGACGUAGCUUGAUUUAUAUGGGCACCAAAAUUCGUUUGAACAACAGUUUAAGUUAUACCACAUUAGGUCUGUGUUGAUUAUAUUAGUUUAUUAAACGAGGACAUUUAUCAUUGAA